ACGACUGCUGCCAUGUCCCGACGCGCCUCGGUCGUGCCGCACAACGUCAACGACGAGGACGUGUCUGUCGCCAAUUCGCCAAAGGCGCACGCCACCCCGGCCAUCCCGCAGACCCCGCUCAUCUCGCAGCUCGACCGCGACCAGCUCGACCACCCGCUCCCGCCUCCUCCAGCCGAGAGCCGCGACUCGCACCACAACCGCGCCUACUCGGCCUCGGCGACCAAGGCGGCCCACAAGCCUGUCCGGCGAGCGAGCCGCGCCGGUCGCUCGAGCUCCGACUGGUCCCGCGACUCGGUCGGCGGCGCCGCCAGCGCACCCGGAGCGCCCGCCGUGCCCGGCCACGCGCACAAGGCGACGAGCAGCAGGAGCUUCCUCCCGACCGGCCUCUUCUCGAGCUUCACGCGCAGCGGCCGCGACGCCAAGGGGCGGUACGAGCCCGUCGGGCCCAUGCGCGCGGGCAAGCCGGCGGGCGAGAAGAGCUACGUCGAGCUCGACCUGGACGAGUACGCCGAGGGCCUGCGCCUCACGGUCGACGGCGACGACGACGAGGGCGGGCACGGCAAGGGUCGACAAUCGAGCGGCGUGGGCGCCUUUUUCGACCAGUUCUACCCGCCGCAAGUGCGGCGCAACCGGCGGCUGUACGAGCGCGUCGCGUUCGUCGGCGUCGCCCUCACGCUCUUCAUCCUCCUCGUCACGCGCACGGGCUCGGGCAAGAGCGGCCUCGUCGAGCGCGCCAAGGUCAAGGGUCUCGGUCCCAAGAACCCGCUCAAGAGCAACAUUCCGCUGCACUCGUUCCGCGCCAACCUCAAGGAGGGCGCCGGCUACGUCACGAGUUUCCCUUAUGGUGGCCUGACCAACCAGCUCAUCGAGCUCUUCAAGCUCGUACAUGUCGCACAGCGUCUUGACCGGGCAGCUAUCCUGACUGAGCUCAAGGCGACACAUUCCGAGGGCGGCGACGUGCCCUUGUCCGACUUCUUCGACCUCGCCCCGUUCGCCUACUACGCCAACGUGUCGAUGGUCCAAUGGCACGACGUCAAGAUCCCCGACGUGACGGGCACCCAGUCCGAGUCGCUGUCGUGCUGGGGCUGGGGCGACGAGCGCCCGCUCGAGCGGUACAACGUCAAGACGCACUUUUGGCCGUUCCCGGGCCAGCUCCAGAUCCCGUCGUCGAUCGAGACGUCCAUCACGUUCCCGGGCAUCGAGGUCCUCGCGUCGCAGGACAACUCGCCGUGGCUGCGCGACACGGUCGAGAAGAAGUACGGCUCGCUCGACAAGGCGCCGGCGUUCCCCGACCAGCAGCUCCUGUGUUUCGAGAACCUGUUCUACGUCCAGAACGUCAAGUUUGUCAAGGGCACGCCCGACACGACCUACGCCAUCGAGGAGCUGCGCCCCGACGGGCCCGUGUGGGACAAGGUCGGCAAGUUCCUCCGCUUCAACGACCACGUCAACCACGUCGUCGACGAGUUCCUCGGCGCCCUCCUCGGCUCGCGCCGCCGCAAGUACGUCGCCGUGCACUUACGCCAGGGCGACUUUGUCGCGCUCGGGCGCGCCGCGAGGGCGAGCCAGGAGGUCGCAGAGCUGUACGCCGAGGGCGUCCGCAAGGUCCAGGAGCAGCUCAAGAAGCGCCGAGGUGCGAGCAAGAAGGACCUGCCCGUCCUCUUUGCGACCGACUCGGACGACCCCGUUUUCAUCAACCGCCUGACCCGCAUGGGCUGGAUCUAUCUCGACCAUCGCGAGUUUGCGAGCGCGAGCCGGUACGGCGGUUGGUGGCCCGGCAUCCUCGACAGCGCCGUCCUCAGUCGGGCUCAGGGCUUUGUCGGGACCAAGAUGAGCACGUUCAGCUACGUCGCCGCGCGCCGAGUCGAGUCGUGGCAGGGCGGUCCGACGCUCAUCGUUGGCUGAGCGACGAGCGGCAUGCGCGAGGGCGGGACAAGGCCGCCGAGCGCGGGCGAGCGAGAGGGCCGGCAGGGGCGUCUCUCGCACGUGGCCGUGGCGGGCCCUCGACGAUGACGGCGAGCCGUAGAAUUUGUCUCUAUCGUUAUAGCAGCGCCAUUCAUCCCUC